CGCGUUCUGAGAGUAUCGCUCCUGUAAUCUAUUUUUUUUUAGCGGUGUAAACGCUCGCGAACCGCGCACGCAAUAAUGUUAUCGUGAUGUUAUCGCACUUAUAAACGAUUGUUCUAUCUAAGAUAGUGCUCAGAGCAAGUAAAAGCGUGAGUGCAACGUUCAAAAUAAACGCAUCUCAAAAAAUCAAUGGACUAUAGAUGGACAUUGAUGACAUUUUGGAGUAAACAAGAGUACGCGGUAAGGUUGUAAAUUUUAGUCAUCUAGUCGCCGAUCGAUAAAUUUCAAAAUGUUCAUCAAACCGUUCACGGUCAAAGCUGAACAUCGAAUGAAAACAACUGAAAGAAAAAAAUUUUUGGAGAGAAUAUUAGAUGCAUAUCCUCAUUUGUCGCUUGAACAAGUUCAAUCAAUAUUUCCUAAGAAGGAAAUCAUCAGUAUUUCCAAGAUAGUGACCAAUAACAAAGAGAGGGGAAAAAUAUAUACCAGGACUAUACAAGGCGACGAACAGUACAUGGUGCCCUAUUUCUUUGAACUGGACUCGUAUGGCGAAAAGUUAUUUCCCUCAGUUUAUGCGAUGUGGGAUUUCCCAUAUUUCCUGUACAGCUUCAUCGUAAAUCAGGGAGUCGUGUCGAAAUUGGAAAACGGUGCUGAUUUGAUGUUACCUGGAUUGAUUGUAAAAAAGCCUGUGACUCUGCACAGCUAUGGUAAAUUUAAAAAAGGCGAUGCAGUGGCGAUCAACACCGAGGACAAUAAGGCUACAGUCGCUAUUGGUGUCACCAUACUUUCUAGUGAGGACAUGUAUUUAUCUGGCGGACACGGGAAGUGCAUAAAGAUCUUGCAUGUGUACGGCGAUAAGCUUUGCAAUCAAGUCUGGUCGAUUCCCCCGAGACCUGCUCAGGGGAUGCCAGAUCUCAAUGAUCUUUCGGAUAUGUGGAACACUAUAGAUACAACAGAUAAAAAAAAUAGCGACGAGAAUGAAAGUGAAAUACUACGAUCUAAAUUAGAUGAGCUGGAUAUAGACAAGACAUCGAGUGACACAGUUCCCAAUGAUGAAAGCAUUUCUGACGACACUACCAUUUGCAAGGAAGAGGAGGAAGAAACAGAAGAGAAACUGGAUGAAAAAGCAGAAGUAGAACAGGAAGUGAAUGAUCCAGUGCAAGAGAUGAAUGAAUUGCUGGAAUAUUGUUUCUUGAAAGCGUGCAAAACUAUGAUAAAACGUGCCGAUCUGCCAAUGUGCAUGUCCAACUUUCACAGAAAUUAUCUAUUAGCCGCCUGUCCCGCGGACAGAACUGUCGAUGUAAAAAAGUCACAGUAUAAAAAACUGUCGGUGUUUUUAGAAAAAAUGAAGACUAAAGGAAUAAUCGAUACAACUAAAACGCAAGGUGUAGAAGUUUUGACAUCAAUCAAGUUUGAUCAUCCACUUUUGCAAGAUUUAGUCAUUAAUGAACAACCGAUAAAAACCGAAAGCUCGGCGAUUUCUCAGAACGUCGUCGUAACGGAAUGCUAUAAAGUAACUUUCGAUGUUCUGCCAGUUUUAUCCAAAUUCGGCUACGAAAAAGGCGACGUGAUGAAGAGAGCUGAAGUCAGGAAGUGCUUUAUCGAUUACGUGAAAUCGGAAGAUCUGCAGAAUGGAAAAAUGUUAAAAUUGAAUCCUCAACUGGCGGGAAUAAUGCGAACCAAAGCGGAUCAAGAAAAGGUGACGAUGGAGGAUGGGAUAAACAAGUUCAUCGGACGCAUGACGCACAUGCACGAGGUCGCUCUUAACGGAAACGUUUUGAUGCACACGGGAAAAUUGCAACCGAUCGAAAUGACCGUUACGGUGCGGUCGGGCACGAAAAAAGUGACGUUGGUGCGCAAUCUGGAAGUGUUCGGAAUUAAUCUGAAGGAGUUCAGUAAAGAGUGUCAGAAGAUUGGUGCGAGCGCGACGAUCGUCAACGAACCCGGUCAAAAGGUUCCCAGUGUUCUUGUUCAAGGGAACCAAGUCUUACACGUGCACAAAUUACUCACAGAGAAGUACCAAAUCAAAAAGAACCUCAUAAAAGGUCUGGAGUUGGCUCCGAAGAAGAAAAAGUAAACUGUUGCGCGGAAAAAAAACAAAACAAAAAUAAAUAAAUAAAUAAAUAAACUUUCUUUUCUGAGUUGUAUGGAGAAAUCCUGAAAUGUACAUAAGAAUGCGACAAAUGUGACGAUUGUGUAUUUAAUUUUGACAGAAUAGCGCUGAGUUGCGAAAAUUACACACAGAAGAUCGCUGCCAUUAUUAUAAUAUAUUCGAAACGUUUUCGAAAAACCUUUUCUAACAUGUACAUGUUAAAGCGAUUGGGGAGACUCGAACGAUCUAUCUACUGAGGACACGUUAUAUAUAACUAAUUGUGAAAUAAAAGAAAUUUAUGAGAA